CAGUGGGUUUGGCUCCGGAGCUCAAUGGAAACUGGGUGAGCGCCGGGCUGUGCCGAGCACACGCCGGCUGGAGAGGACGGCGAGCGGGCGGGAGGCGGCAGGCAGCGCCGCGCCGCGCCGAGCCGAGCGAAGGAGGGACGCGCCGGGCACGGCCGCCACCAGCCCUCCCCAAUCCUCCGUCAUCCUCCCCGCCGCGGCCGCCUGGCCCCCUGACAGCCGGCGGAGCAGCAUCCCCACACGGCCCCCUUCCCGUCAGGCACGACUGAACCAUGGAGCUUCGAGUGGGAAACAAAUACCGGCUGGGCCGAAAGAUUGGCAGUGGUUCGUUUGGAGACAUUUACCUAGGAGCCAAUAUUGCAACUGGUGAAGAGGUGGCCAUCAAACUGGAAUGUGUCAAAACCAAGCAUCCCCAGCUCCACAUUGAAAGCAAGUUCUACAAGAUGAUGCAGGGAGGAGUGGGUAUCCCCUCCAUUAAGUGGUGUGGAGCAGAGGGGGACUACAAUGUGAUGGUGAUGGAACUCUUGGGGCCCAGCCUGGAAGAUCUCUUCAACUUCUGUUCCCGCAAAUUUAGUCUCAAGACAGUUCUGCUGCUGGCAGACCAGAUGAUCAGUCGUAUUGAGUACAUUCAUUCCAAGAACUUCAUCCAUCGGGAUGUGAAGCCAGACAACUUCCUUAUGGGCCUUGGCAAAAAGGGCAACCUAGUAUACAUCAUUGAUUUUGGUUUGGCCAAGAAGUACCGAGACGCCCGGACCCACCAGCACAUCCCUUACCGGGAAAACAAGAAUCUGACUGGCACAGCCCGUUACGCCUCUAUCAACACCCACCUGGGAAUUGAACAAAGUCGCCGUGAUGACCUGGAGAGCCUGGGUUAUGUGCUCAUGUAUUUCAACCUGGGCUCGCUGCCCUGGCAGGGCCUCAAGGCUGCCACCAAGCGCCAAAAGUACGAGAGGAUCAGCGAGAAAAAGAUGUCAACACCCAUCGAGGUGCUCUGCAAAGGGUACCCUUCUGAGUUCUCGACAUACCUCAACUUCUGCCGUUCACUGAGGUUUGAUGAUAAACCUGACUACUCGUACCUGCGGCAACUCUUCCGCAACCUCUUCCACCGCCAAGGCUUCUCCUAUGACUACGUCUUUGACUGGAACAUGCUUAAAUUUGGAGCAGCCCGGAACCCUGAGGAUAUGGAUCGGGAGCGGCGAGAGCACGAGCGGGAGGAGAGGAUGGGGCAACUCCGAGGGUCAGCCACGCGAGCUCUGCCCCCCGGCCCGCCCGCCGGAGCCACUGCCAACCGUCUUCGCAAUGUCACCGAGCCCAUGGCCUCCACGCCCACCUCCCGAAUCCAGCAGUCCGGCAACACGUCCCCCAGAGCAAUCUCAAGAGUGGACAGGGAGCGGAAGGUCAGCAUGAGGUUACACCGAGGAGCUCCUGCCAACGUCUCCUCAUCUGACCUCACAGGGCGGCAAGAAGUGUCACGGAUUUCAGCAUCACAGACAAGUGUGCCAUUUGAUCACCUUGGGAAGUGAGGAGCAAUUGCCACUGGACCAGUGUUUGCUUAGAAUUUCUUUUUGCCAACGAUGAGGAGUCGAGCUGUGCCCCUGCGCUGGUGUGAGCCGUUUCCAGAGGGCCACCUGUCCCUGGCGUGAGCGCCUCCGAGGAGCUGUCGACGACGUGGGAGCCGUGUGGCAACACCUGCGCUGCUCCCCAGCCCCUCUCGCUGCCCCCACGGCCACCCUCAGUUCCCUCUCCUGACUCUCUGCUCCUGCUUUUGAUUUCUCUCUUUUUCCUUCUUCCUUCUUCUUGGCUAUCCUCUCCUGCUUUAAUUUUUCUUUUAAAUAUUGUUUUUGAAUCAUAUGGUUUCUAGCCGUAUAAAUUUAAACUUUGCUCUCCGUUUUUUCUGAGGGCAGGGGUUGGUGGUGGGUGGGUGAGGUAUUUUUUUGGUCUUUUUUGUUUUGUUCUUUUCAGGAGCCUUGUGGGCCAGGAGGGAAUCAGAUUCCAGCCACACUUGAUGGUAGAAGUCUGAUUUUUAUUAUUAUAACAGAAUUUAUUUUCUCAAGCAUUAAACACAUUUUAAGCUGUGAGGGGGAAUUGUGGCAACAGCCUAAUCAUUGACUCGGGCUUCCUUUCCUUGGGUGGCUUCUCCGCGGUUUCUUUUUUGGCUGUUGGGAGAAGUGCCAGCCUUCCCUGAUCCAAGUGGUCCUCACACACCGAGGGAUCUCUUUGGAGAGGCACCUGGUCCCACAGAGGAUGGGAUUGUUGGAGCUGACAUACAGGGAGAAAUAUACUUCUCAUCCCUGCAGUGGGGUCUUUUUUUUUUCGUCUGGCUGUGCGUGUUUUUCUAUUUUUAUUUUUUAAUUAAAACUUGUUUUAAUUCCUGCGGAGAGAGUGUGGGACUUGAGGAGAAGAGAGGGGCGCACAGAAACUGGAGUUUGGAGUUCUUUCAGAGCGAUGGUUCUUGCUCUCUCCUCAUGCAACCCCAAGUAAGAUCCACCAAUACAUGCACAAUCCCCUCCUGCCCUCUCCCACCCGUCUCCCCCCCCUUUUCCCCCCCCCACUUUAGUUGUUUUUUAAUAUAAUUUAGGAAUACUCAAGCUGCUUUGUGGCACUUGGGGCUUUGAAACACAAUGAUCACCACUGCGACCUAUGGCCUGUAGCAGACACACUGUCACUGUAGUGUGGAGCCGAUGGGUUGUUGGCAGGGCGGGGAGGGUGGGGUUAGUCUUUGUUUUGUUUGUUUUUACCCUUUCUAUUUAACACUUUAUUUUUCCUCCCUGUUUUUUUCCUAAUUUAUUUACCCCUCUUACUGUCUCUCUCUUUUUUUUAAUUAAAGAGCAAAACUUUUUAUUACUUUGUAAUUUAAAAAAACAAAAAAAAACCUGAAGAACUUUGGGGGGGAUUUUGUACUUUUUUCCUGUGUAAAUAUUGGACUUUUUUGAGCUUUAUCGUGGUUGUUAAUUUGAAGUAAUAAAGUAGAAAAUGAUAAAGUGA